AUUUCUUUUCCCUUUCACUUUGAAAAAACAAAAGAUAGAGAGAGAGAAAGAUUUUCCAAUCGAAAAAGACACAAAAUUUUCCCGGAAAAAAAAAAAAAGAAACCCAAAAAGAAAAUUGCAUUAUACACAUGUGUCAGAUUUGAUCCUCUUUCUUCUUCGAUCUUUGCUUCUUCUUCUUCUUCUUCUCUCAAUCUGUCUCUAUAACUACAUUCUGUUAUUUCUUUCAUUUUUUUCCCCUUUUUUUCUCAAUUCUUGAAAAACUUGAAAUUCUGUUUAUCCAAAAAAAAAUUGAUUUUGAGCAUAACCCACAUUAAUUCGCUUCAAAUUAAAUGCUGGGUCGGUUUCAAUUUCUUCAAAUUUGCAUUUUUGUGUCAGAGGUUUUAAGGUUUCAAUGAAGAGGCAAUGAGGAUAAGAAAUGGAGGUUAGAUCAGAGGGUAUACGUUUGAGGUUUUGGUUUGUUCGUUUGUGUUCAAGUAUUGUUCUUUGGAUUUGUUUGGUUCAGUUAGUGACAGUUAGUGAACUAUGGCAUUCACAUUUCAUUUCUGGGAUUACUACUGGUAUAUAUAACAUUGCUCAAAUUCAACUUCCUAACCAAAAUGAUGCUAAUAAUGGCGUUGUCGAUAAAUCCCCGCCUCCGAUUACUUUUCUUCCUCCAAGAAAUUAUACAAGUAAUGGUUUUCUAAGAGUUUCCUGCAAUGGUGGCUUGAAUCAAAUGCGUGCUGCGAUAUGUGACAUGGUGACAAUCGCUCGAUUUUUGAAUCUCACAUUGGUCGUGCCAGAGCUUGAUAAGACAUCAUUUUGGGCAGACCCUAGUAAUUUUGAGGACAUUUUUGAUGUGAAGCAUUUCAUUGAUUCUUUACGAGACGAAGUUCGAAUAGUAAAAAGAGUUCCUAAAAAGUUUAACAGUAAAUAUGGAUAUUCUACCCUGGAGAUGCCUCCUGUUAGCUGGUCGAAUGAAAAAUAUUACUUGGAGCAGAUUCUGCCACUUUAUGGAAAGCACAAGGUGUUACACUUCAACAGAACUGAUGCACGUCUAGCAAAUAACGGUCUCCCACUUGAUCUACAGAAACUCAGGUGUCGUGUCAAUUACCAGGCUAUUAAAUUCACUCCUCAAAUUGAGAAUUUAGGGAGAAAAUUGAUUCGGAUGCUUCACAAGAAGGGACCUUUUGUGGCACUGCAUCUUAGAUAUGAGAUGGAUAUGUUGGCUUUCUCAGGUUGUACUCAGGGUUGCUCAGAGAAAGAAGCCGAGGAACUCAAAAGAUUGAGGUAUGCAUUCCCUUGGUGGAGAGAAAAGGAGAUAAUUUCCGAAGAGAGGAGAUCACAGGGUCUAUGUCCUUUGACACCAGAAGAGGCGGCCUUAGUUCUUCGAGCCUUAGGUUUUGGUAGGGAGACACCAAUAUAUAUUGCAGCUGGUGAGAUUUAUGGCGGUGAACGUAGGCUUGCACAACUCAGAGCUGCAUUUCCCCAAAUUGUGAAAAAGGAAAUGUUGCUGACACGUGAUGAUUUGCAGCAGUUCCAGAAUCACUCAUCGCAGAUGGCAGCCUUGGAUUUUAUGGUUUCAGUAGCCAGUGACACCUUUAUCCCUACUUAUGAUGGGAACAUGGCAAAACUUGUGGAAGGCCAUCGAAGGUAUUCCGAUUUUAGAAAAACAAUCUUGUUGGAUCGAAAAAAGGUCGUGGAAUUGGUUGAUAUGCAUCAUAAUGGAACCCUAAAAUGGCACGAGUUUGCGGAUGGCGUAAAACAAGUUCAUGAAAAGAGAAUUGGACAGCCAACUCAGCGAAAAGUUAUAAUCGACAAACCGAAGGAGGAGGACUAUUUCUAUGCAAACCCUCACGAGUGUCUGUGUGAGGAAAGAAAUUGUGAUGCGUUUCUAGGUCAUCACAACUCUAGUCAAGUAUAGUAUGAGUUGAGAGGAGCAAUCCCAAACUCUAUUUCUUUAUAUCCAUUAUACCAGAAUUUUGUAGGAAACCAGGGUAGCUGAAAAAAGUGUAAAAAAGAGAGGAAAUAUUUGUUCUACGGAGGCUUGCAAAACAUGCCCUUCAUUUACCUUUAUUAAUUACUAAUUUCUUUUCAC